CCCACUGAAAAAACAAAUUGAUUUCGAUCUCAACCUGCUGAAAUAGUCAUAGGAAAUGCAGUAUGGCUCGAUUUAAACUUGUUUUUGAGGAACUAACAAACGAGGAAAGAGACUUUUGAACGGAAGGGAGGAAGGCAGACGGUGAGAGUAAUGUCAGCGUCCUGAACGAACACUGAACGUUAGAGACGUUACAAGUGACGUAUGAUAAUGACAGAAACAUUAUUUUUCACGACUAGAACGUAAAACAUAUUGCAUUGCAAGGAUUGGCACCUUCUUAUCUGUCAGAGUUGCUGCAUCAACAUGCUCCAGUCAGAUCGCUGAGGUCAACACCAGAUGCUUCUUGAUGUUCCAAGAUGCAGUCUAAGAACCAGAGGUGACAGGACGUUUGUUGUGGCUGCUCCUAGACUGUGGAACAGUUUACCUCUUAACAUUAGACCCGAUUGAAACAAUGACGGCAGAGAGGGUGCUGUUUGAUACAUUAAAAAAAUUAAGUUCUGAGGAGCUUCAUGAUUUCAAUCUACAUGUUGAAGUGGAGAAAGGCACCCCAUUAUUGAAAACAGGCCAGCCUAAAGCAGUAAACACAGAGGUAGUUGUGGAGCUGAUGGUGAAGACGUACAGUGCAGAGUGUGUGGAGCUGACCAGAAAGAUUUUGAAGAAGAUGAACAGGACUGAUCUGAUGCUCAGAUUGUCAGACAGCAGCCUGGGAGCCAGAGAGAAACACUCUGUGUUCAAGCAGCAGCCCUCAUUCAGCCAGACAGUGGAAAUGGUGAUGUCUGACAUCAAACUGCUCAUGGGAACACUUCAUGGUUUAAAUAAAGGAGAACUUGUGAAAUUCAAGAUGGUCCUGAGAGACAUGUGCCUCCAAAUGCAUGACAUAGACAUCCAGUGGUGGCUGCUCCUUUGGAAUGGCUAUGAGGAAACCGUGUUCCUCAUCGUCUUGUCCUGUAGACAUGACUCUGUGGGGAUGACAAAGGAGGCUUUAGAGAAAAUUGGGAGAACUGAUUUGGUGAAGAGGACGACAGACAGCAGCUCAAAGUUUAAAAAGGAACACUCAGAUGGAGAACACUCUGUGCUGAUGAAAGUUGCAACAAUGGCAGCUACUCAGCAGCUGCUUUUGGAAAUCCUGCAUUGUUUGAGUGAGGAGGAGCUCAAGACCUUCACUGAGUUCCUGCAGAUGAACAUCUCCUCACAAAACCUCAUAGGUAUUUUAUAUAUUGGGAGAUACGGAGAUAAAAGGGCCAAAACAGUGGAUCUGAUGAUGCACAUCUAUGGGAGACGGUGUGUGGAGCUGACAAGAGAAGUUUUAAUGAAGAUGAACAGGACUGAUCUGGUAGAGAUGCUGUCAGGGACCAGCUCAGCUUCUAAAGAAACACCUUCUUCGGAUGACCAUCAAUCUACAACAGAUGAAACAGCCAAUCAGUCAGUCAAGGCUGAUGAAGUACCAAGCCUUUUGAGAACACUGAAGCUUCUGAGUGAUAAGGAACUUGAGAAAUUCAAGUUGUUGUUGCAGUUCUCAUACUUCAGAAGAAGUAUUCAACAAAUCCCCUGGACCAUAUUGAUGCAGGGUAGAGCUGCUCAUGAUGUGGUAGAUCUGAUGAUGAAGAAGCAGCAGCCUCUGGAGGUGACCAAUGAGGUUUUAAUGGACUUGAGCCGGAAUGAUCUGAUCAUAAGGCCAUCAAAGAGCUCCAGGGUCAAAAAGAAACCUCAUCAAAGUCGGAUGAUGUGGCAUCAAAGGGACCCCAAAACAUCUAUCUGUGCGAAUCUCGCAAAAGCUCUACAAUACUUGAGUUCUGAAGAACAUGACCGAUUCAAGCAGCUCCUUCUGCAUGAUGCAAUGAAUAAAGGCCUCCAAAUACACCCAGAACAAGUGAGGAAUGCAGGUAGAGUUGGCAUGGCAGAGCUGAUGGUGGAUGUCUUUGGCCAACUGUCAGAAGAAAUGACCAAGGACAUUUUACAGAAGAUGGGGAGAACUGAUCUGUUGAAAAGGCUGCCAGAGACCAUCUCAAGACUCAAAACUCAAAAGGACCCUCAGUCAAAAUACAGGCUGAAAGAAUCUACUAUGACACCUCUUCAUGUGAAGCUAUUGGAAAUCCUGGAAGAACUAAGUUCAGGGGAACUGGAGAAAUUCAAACAUGUCCUGCAGUACACCAAAAUGAGAGAGGGUCUCCCAAAAAUGCCAAGAGACCAAGUGGAGACGGCUGACAAGAGACAAACAGCGGAGCUGAUGGUGGAGAUCUAUGGCCAGCAGUGUGUGGAGGUGACUAAGGAUGCUCUAGAGAUGAUAAACAGGACUGAUCUGUUGGAGAAGUUGUCUGAAAGCAUCUCAGGAUCUGAAGGUCCCUCAAGAAGCCUAGAGCCUGAAGACUGUGAACGCAAUACGCAGGACCCUUGUAACUGGACCAAACUUGAACCUGGAGUGAAGAGCACUGACGAAGAUAAGUCCCCAACUUACAGCCUACAAAGCGAAGCAGGAAGCUGCUUUGAAUGCAGUGUCUCUGGCAUGCGCUGGACGUGUAAGGAGAAGGUCAGCUUUCAGUACCAGUUUUGCUCUUGGGGGGAACAUGUGGAGAGGAUUGAGGGCCUCAAAUACUUACCUGCAGGCCCUCUAAUGAACAUCAAAAUCACUGCUGGAAAGUUUGAUGAAGUGUAUCUGCCGCACUGGAUCUGCUUCGAGGAUGACCCUGAAAUAUUGGACAAGUUUGCAGUUCUUCACAUAGAUGACUGUGGAGACGUCGUGGAACAAGUGUCUGAGGUCACACCAACCCAUGUCAAAUUAUGUGAUCCAGUUUUCUCACCAAAAGCAGUUCUGAUCAAAGCUGGUGUUCCAGUGAAAACACACUGCAGCGUUUUAAUCUAUAAAACCAACACAGCGUUCCUCACACUCCAUGUUUAUCUGGUCCCACGUGAUCCUGGUCUGCAACAGGAAAUGGACAAGAGGGAAUCAUCCUACGGAUACAAAUUAAUCCGAAAGCCACAUCCAGAGAAGUCCUUGAAAAUUCGUGAUCGUUUCAUCUUGACAGCAGAUGUGGAAGGUGCAGAAAUUUAUCCUGAGGAAAUGAAGCUCAGAUAUGAAUGGAGAACACCAAAUUUCUUUGAAGUUUUUCUUGAAAAUCCAGACAAAAACUUCACUCUCAAGCUUGCACAAAAAAAUGAGAGUACACCGGUCUGGACCUGUGCAGUUCGAAAAGAUGAAUACCAAAGCACAGGCCAUUCAAAAGAGGAGCACUUUGUGGAUAAAUACCAGUGUGAACUGAUCAAGAGAGUGAGCAACACUGGCCCAAUACUGGAUAAACUACUGAAAGAAGGUGUAAUCCACCCAGAAGAUUAUGGUAAAAUGAGAGCAACCCCGACCACUCAGGAAAAGAUGAGGGAACUCUUCAGUGGCCCCCUGAAAGCUGCAGGACAAGCAGGAAAGGAUGUCUUCUACAAACUCCUUGAGAAGGAGGAGUCAUAUCUUGUUGCUGAUCUCAAGAGGAACAAGUUGUAAAGAGUACUGUACCCAUACAGUAUUGAAACAGUGAGGCCAAUUCCUUUAUUUUGCUGUAGACUGAAAACAUUUAGGUUUGACAUUAAAAGAUGAAUAAAAGACAAGAGAUCAUCAUUUUAGCUCUUAUUUCCAGGUAUUUACAUCUGGAUCUGAUGCACAACUAAGAACAUAGCACAUUUGUUGUGCAGACUGCAUUUACAGUUAAAGGUGUAACAUGAAAACCACAGAGCUGUCUAUGGGUGAAAAACAAGCAAUAGUGAAGCUGAGAGAAGAUGGAAAAUCAAUCAGCCAUUGCACAAUUGUACAAUAGCCAGUGUACUUAGUAACAGACGUCGAACGGGUAGACCAAGGAAAACAUCAAACAUUCAUGACAAAAACAUUGUGAGAGCUGUGAAGAAAGACCCUAAAACAACUGUUAUUAACAUCAACAACAACCCCUAGAGACCAGGAGUGAAGGUAUCACCAUCUACUCUUCACAGAAGACUUCAUGAACAAAAGUACAGAGGCUACACCAGAAGAAGUUUACCACUCAUUAGCAAGACAAAUAGGAAGGUCAAGCUGAAAUUUGUUUAAAAGUAAAGAGACAAGCCUCAAAAAUUCUGGGACAAAGUUUAAGGACUGAUGAGACAAAUAGGUUGUUUCCACCAAGCGGUCCAGUUCAGUUAGGUGUGGAACGGCACACUUUUUUUUUUGCAUUUCCAUAGAGCAAAAAGUUGAAAAGGGUCCCAAAAAUCCGACCUGUACCGUCCCACUUUUUGGCACCCUAUAUUUUUAAUGUGGUGAAUUCUCACAGUACAGCUCUAAACUUUCAUAUUUUGUUGUAGAAACUGUUUUAGACCAAAUAUAUUCCCAUCUUAACGUACUGUUACGACUCUAAAUGUUUCUAUACAUGUAUUUCAUCAGCAGAGGAUCCAUCCUAAGAGCGGUUAACAUAAUUAGUAUUUAGUUAUUUUUUUUAAAAAGGCACUUUCAGCUGAAAUAAAGCUGUUUAAUGCUUAUUCCCUACUGAUGUCUGUCACCCAUCCUUUCUACAACUCUGCAGCUUGCCUAGCAGAUUUGUGCUGACUGUGACUUCACGUGCAUGCCUUUACAGCCCGUCCACCAAGUGAGGGCAUAGGUGUCUUUGGAAACACAAACUUUUCUGGGGUUUGGCUUACCAAACCAUACUGAAUCAAACCGGACCCCCUGAUGGAAAAAAGGCUAAAGAUUAACCUUUACCUACGUGAUGGAAAGGCUUAAGUUUGGAGAAAGAAAGGAUCGGCUCAUGAUCCCAAACACACAAGCUCAUCUGUAAAACAGUGGAGGUGAUGUCGUGGUUUGUGCUUGCAUGGUUUCUUCUGGGUUGGGCUCAUUAGUCUUCACUGAUGAUUUAACACAUGAUGGCAGCAGCGAAACAAACUCAGAAGUCUACAGAAACCUUUUGUCUGCCCGUUUAAAUAAAGAUGCAACCAAACUGAUUGGGAAAUCCAUCAUGCAGCAAGAUAACGACCCAAAACACACUGCUAAAACAACAGAGGAGUUCAUCAGAGGCAAGAAGUGGAAGGUUUUAGAUUGGCCAAAUCAAUCUCCAGACUUGAACCCUAUAGAGCAGUUUACCAGCUCUAAAAGCUGUGGUGAAAGCCUGGAAAAACAUCACAAAAGAAGAAUGCAAGUGUUUGGUGAUGUCAUUGGGUCACAGACUUGAUGCAGUUACUGCAAGAAAAGGAUUUGCAACUAAAUAUUAAAUCUUAUCCACUUUGAUUUGUUUAAAGUCCAUCAGCUUUCUCUGUAAAAGCCACGACUCAGUGGAACGCUCUCCCUGACAGCAUUAAGAACUGUGAUUCUGUCAGAAGCUUCAAGAACAAACUCAAAAAUCUACUGAAAGACUCUCAACUCUGUAAACACUGAUUCUAUAACAUAAUUUUAAAUAUGGCUGUGUGAAUGUGUUUGUGUGUAUGUGAGUGUAUGCCUGUGGGGGUGAUCUAACUCUGCAGCUUGAGCUAAUGUUUUAUUGUCAUUUCUCUGUGAAGUUUUAUAACUGAUGUUUUAAUUGUGACCUGCCAAGGGACUGCAGAUGUAAAUUAGCUUUAUGCUAACUCUGGUACAAUGUAUCGAAUGGAAACAUUUAUGUUUUUUAUUGUACAUGGUCCCUUUACAAAUAAACAAACAAAUAAAUAAAAUAAAUCUGUUCCUAUACUUUUGGUCAUUUAAAAAUUUGGUGUUCCAUUACAAAUAAAGCUAUCUCCAAAGCUGUGUAUCAGAUCCAGACGUACAAAAACCUGAAUUGUUGAUCCUUGGUCUCAUAUUCAUAUUUUUGUGUCAAACCCAAAUGUUUUAAAUUGACAGCAAAAAUAAAUGAAUUAGGCCCACUGUUCCAAUAAUUUUGUAGGGGAUGGUGCCUAUUGGGAGUAAGCAGUACUGUCUCGUCACUUCUUAUUUAACAAUAUAACUCAAAGUUUCCUCAGCUAUGUUACUUCUGGGAAUACAUAACAUAUAAUUAAAUGUGUAAUACUAGCUUACAGCCAUGAAUCAUUAUUUUUCAAGCAUCUUAUACAAUUUUACCAUGCAUUUAUUUAUUCACUAUUUUACUGACUUGAAAAUUAUGUAUAGGGGCAUGUUGCUAUAAUUUGUUUAAUAUGAAGACGUGUUAAUUUUUUUAGGGGUAUGAACUAAGUACAGGGUCCUUCAAAUAUGCCCAUGUUGAUUCCAUUUCAUGCAGUCUGGGCACCUUCUUUGCAUUCUCAAUCAUUCUAAUCACUGAAAUUAUUGAUGUAUACCUCACUUUUCAUGUCCACCUUCACCUAUGCCUAGAUGUGCCUUAGGGCAUGAAGCUCCAGGCCAAUGAAACCAUUUGCUUAAAGGUAAAAGUGUCUAGGUGUCACAGUUAUGCAGAAAUGGAUUUCAACAGCAAAAGCUUUCAAGUAUAAUUCAACACCUAGUUUUUUUUUUCAACAUAGCAUUUUGGUCUCUUUGUGUGUCUUUCUAGUAACAUUCCUUAGCAUAUACUUUGAAGAACAUUUUUUGUUCUCUGUUUCAGUAACCAUGAGUUUGCAUUUCUUUCACUCAGAGAUAAUAUUUAAGAAACUGCAGCAGCUUUAUCUUCAGAAGUUAUGAAAAAAAUUGGUUUAUUUACUACUGAGAUGUUGCAUUUCACUCAUAAAAGCCCUCUGUGUCUGCAUGAACCUAUAUCAGAAGGCAAAAGACAAGUGUCACUUGAAUGGAGCUGGAAUGAGUCAACAUAAAGUUUGUUUACAGCCCAGUGGGUCAGAGUUGUUUAUUGCUUUGAAACCAAAAAAAGGGAGGGAGGUCAGACUUGUAUUUUGUUGAGGGUAAAAAAGAGUCAUAACCAGAAAAACUAAGGCACACUGUUUUGAAAACAUUAAAAAGCCUUGAUUAAAUGGGCUAAAGAGCCGACGUGUUUCAACUUACAAAGUCUUCAUCAGGGCAUUUAUAAACAAGUGACUGUUCCCAGAUUUUCAAAGCUGUGGCAGCUGCCUUGCAAUCAGUCAACUGCUUCUCAGGUUCAGUGAAAAAAGUGGGUGUGUACUUUUAAUUGGUGCACUUCAACAAAGAAAGCUUAGAGCAAGAAUAAUUGUUAGAAAAUCAGCAGUUACAAAAAAACAGAUACAAAAAAAAAAAAAAUAAACAUGAUCAUAAAGGAAAGGAAAAGGUAAAAAAAAAAUGACACAGAACAUACAAAAUAAUGAUCCUACUGAGCUCUCCCAUUGUUUUUUUAAGCCUCAUAUCUAGUGAGGGGGAAAAAAGUGACCUACAGAUAUGGGGUGUAGUCCAGCACCUCAUUUAGUCCUUAGGACCACCACCAUUUUUACCUCCAUCAAGGAGGUUAUG